ACGUAUGAAUAGGGUACCGUUACAUGUCCGCAAUAGAACAAAGUAAAUGACAGAUGCUUUAUUGUCCAGCAUAUGCGUCAGUGUCAGUCAGUGGGCACGAAGCUGGUUGUCUCGUUCUGACAGUUAGCAGCGAGCGCCCUGUAUGCGCCCUCGUGCGGGCGGUAACAGCAGCUGUAGGACAGACCGCCUGAAAAACAACGCAGCCAUUUUGAGUCGAGAUAAAAGCUCAAAGAAAGCCACUCCAUUUCCUCUAUAAUGAUUCAAAAUAGUAACACAAGUCGGUAACAUAAUCGAUGUCUGGUGUGGUUCGUUUCCAUUUGGCAACGCUAGCCACACAACUACCAAAUGCAACCCUGUCUGUACUGUCGUGCUGCCCGUGUUAUAUCUCAUCUGGCUGGGAUUCCUUAAAUGCAAUUUGUAACAAUUCAUCCCAAACGGUAAAUCUAGCAAUAACCAAUCAGAGCACCCUGGAAUCCGAUGUCAGUGACGGAGUAUCCAAUCGGUGCAUGCGUCUCACGAGCGAGGGUAGCAGAGUAAAGAUGGCGGCGGGCUCCGGUUUAUUGGAUGAUGUUUUCUUCAACACAGAGGUGGACGAGAAAGUAGUUAGUGAUCUAGUUGGGUCUUUGGAGUCUGAGCUCACGGUAUCGGGUCGUGGAAAUUCUUCAGUCAGGGUCCAGGCUGCAGCAAAUCACAUUGACAACUCAGCUGUAGGUCGCAAUUCCAAUGUCCAGGACAGCGAAAUGGGACUUUCACAAGAGCUUGCUAAACCAGGGACUGGCGUGCCAGGGGGUGUCAUUAAUAGUAGGAGGUCCCAGGGUUCAACCAUGUAUGCUGCGGUCGGGACAACCGCGGCGGGCUCGAGCAUGACAGCCGGGCACAGUCCGAGCAAGACUGGGGCAGUCAGUGGUGUGAUAACGGGGGUUCCCGAUCACGGAACUGGGACCAGAAAAACUGGGGCGGCUGGUGUACAAACUUUAAAUGGAAGGAGCGUUGUGAUAAACUCUCAUAAUUCAGGAAGUGUUGCCGCUUUGGUGAGCUCGGCAAGCAGCACAGUGCCCGCCGUUGCGGUUGUCAACAACGGACCGAGCUCGGUGGUCAAAGGAAACGUGAUCUUACCCUCAACUUCCAGCACAGUCAUUCAAACACCUCUUAUGCACAAUGCUGUCACUUCAACUGUGAUAUCGUCUCAGCUGUCUGUUCUAAACAGUGUGCCCACUGUCACGCUCGCGAGGCCGCCUAUGCAAACCCCCGGAACAGUCACCUCGCAGAGCGGGAGUAAUAAUACGGUUCUGAUACGAUCUGUCAACGUUGCCCACCCUGCAAGUUCAGAAGCGCAAAUCAACAAAUUGGAGUCGCCAAAAACGACCAUACAAACGACUUCACAAGUGACCGCUCCCAGUGUUGUAGGUAAAAGCCUGGUAUUACAAAAUGUGAGGACCUCCACCCCAUCGACUUUUGCAGCCUGUCCUGGUGGGAUAAAGGCGAUCGCGCCACAGGUGUUCUCCCCGAGACUUCCGCAACCCCAACAAAAUGCUUCAAACAUCCAAAACAUUCAGCUCCCUCCAGGCAUGGUGCUGGUACGCAGUGAGAGUGGGCAGUUUCUGAUGAUCCACCAGCAGACCCUGGCCCAGAUGCAGUCCCAGUCCCAGAGCGCCAUGACCCCACGGGCAGCCACCCCCACCAGCACUCCCCCUGUCCAGAUCACUUCUGUACAGGCUCCAGGGACGCCCAUGAUGUCCCGUCAGGUGACCCCCACCACAACCAUCACUAAGCAGGGCUCCCCGGCCCAGACCACCGUCCAGGCCACCACCACCCUCCAGAGGCCUCCUGUACUACAACAGAACACCAUUAUGCUGGGUGGAGCGGCCGCCACCUCAGGUCAGGCUCCAGUGCAGCCUUGCUCGGCAGCAGUCACCCAGAGAGCAGGGACCCCUGGGACACCAGGCGCCCCCACGGUCUUUUCUACCACGGAGAUCCUGGAGAACGUGAAGAAGUGUAAGAACUUCCUGUCCACGCUGAUCAAACUGGCAUCCAGCGGGAAGCAGUCGUCUGAGACCACAGCCAACGUCAAGGAGUUAGUCAAGAGCCUGCUGGAGGGUAAGAUCGAAGCGGAGGACUUCACCAGUCGGUUAUACCGGGAGCUCAACUCCUCUCCUCAGCCAUAUCUCGUGCCUUUCCUCAAGAGGAGUCUUCCUGCACUGCGUCAAAUGACCCCAGACUCGGCAGCCUUCAUCCAGCAGAGCCAGCUGCUUCACGGUGGUGCCCAGCCUGCCGCCUCCUCUAAGGCCUUGACUGCUGUGGUGCUGGGGGGCACGUCCACGGCACAGAAAUCCCGUCUCAACAGUAGCAGCCCUGGGGCCAAGGGGACCAUGCACCAGUCUCCUGUCAUCAGCCUGGCCCAGACAUCUUAUAGCAAGCCUGGCCUGAUGGUGCCUCAGCAGCAGGGGGCAAUGGCGAGGCCUCAGGUGACUCUGGCCCAGUCAUCCAUGGUUACGCUCCGAGGCCAGCCCCACAGUCACAUCAUCAUGGGGCAGCCGCAGGUGGUCAGACAGCUGCAGACAGUUCCUGUAGUGAAGCAGGCUCUAGCACCAGGGGCCAAGGUAACACUGGGGCCCCAGUCUAUGCUCUCUGUAGUACUGAAGAACAGGCAGGAGGCAGGCGGAGGAACCUUCAAGGAUGAUGAUGAUAUAAAUGACGUGGCCUCUAUGGCUGGAGUCAACCUAUCAGAGGAGAGUGCCCGCAUUCUGGCAACCAACUCUGAGCUGGUCGGCAUGGUGACUCGCUCCUGUAAAGACGAGGCCUUCCUCUACACCUCCUCACUAACGCAGAGAGUACAUGAGAUAGGCAGGAUGUUAGGGGUGACUGACCUGGGGCCGGAGGUGAUCAACUACGUUUCCCAUGCUACACAGCAUCGGCUGCAGAACCUGCUGGAGAAAGUGACGGUGGUGGCGCAGCAGAAAAACAUCACCUUCAAGGAGGAUGAUAAGUGUGAACAGGUGAGUGACGUGCGAGCGCAGCUGAAGUUCUUUGAGCAGCUGGAUCAGAUGGAGAAACAGAGGAAGGAGGAGCAGGAGAGAGAGAUCCUGAUGAAGGCAGCUAAGUCUCGAUCACGACAAGAGGACCCAGAACAGCUUCGGCUUAAACAGAAGGCUAAAGAGAUGCAGCAGCAGGAACUGAAUCAGAUCAGGCAGAAGGAGGCCAACAUGACGGCCCUGGCAGCCAUCGGCCCCAGGAAGAAAAGGAAAAUGAACUCCCCUGUCAGAACCGGGGCUGAGGACUUGUGCUCUGGUCCCUCUCCGUCAGGUGGGUACAGUAGCGGAGGCUCCAGGCCUCAGCGCCAGCGCAUCACCCGGGUCAACCUCAGGGACCUGCUCUUCUGUCUGGAAAAUGAGAGAGAGACCAGCCGCUCACACCUGCUUUAUAAAGGCUUCCUCAAAUAACACACAGGGAGACCGGACAUGCCCAAUAACACUUUCCUAAGGGACAAGAAAUGAAUGAGACUAAACAAGUCACUCUGAUGCACUUGAUGCUUCCUCCUAUAGCAGACAGACAUCAACCACUCCCUAUAGCACCUCCCUAACAGACAGACAUCAGCCACUCCCUAUAGCACCUCCCUAACAGACAGAGACCAGCCACUCCCUAUAGCACCUCCCUAACAGACAGAGACCAGCCACUCCCUAUAGCACCUCCCCUAGAGACAAGAGCAACCAAUAGCACCUCCCUCAAAGGGCAAGAUAGACCAGCUACACUUGAUGGUACCGUCUCUUCUUCUGUGCUCUCCUAGAACCAUGACCACCUAGACUAGAUGAGAGACCAAUGACACCUGGAAAAUGAAUCAUCAGCUGAGCCCUACACUCCCUCCUCAAGAGAGACCAGGCUGUUGCAGCUGUGAAACAAUGAGUUGUUGGGACUGACCUAUCAGACUAGCUCUUCUGGCCUCUCCUUUACAGUGCCUCUCACGGUUAUGUAGAGACCAUAGAGAUGGAUAGAGGACUCAUCUUUGUAUCUGUGCCAUUAUAGCGUCUGACAGCAUGGGCAGCUCCAUUGACGCAAUCUCCAUUUUGAAGUAUUACAUUUUCUUUGCGAUUGCCUGAUCCCUCCUGAUGACCCAGUUGGACAUGACUUCAGCAAGGUCACCAGGAGGGAUCUGCCAAUAAAGUCGGAAGUCCCACCUAGUUGACCACAUUAAAAUGGUGGAUGCCCCCAAUGGCGCUGCCUAUGCUAAUACGGCCUUUUGGCCACUAGAGGCCUCAAUCAUUCUCCAUGUUAGAGACCUGCUACUGGCAACCAGGUCCCCUCCCAUACACUCCCCUGGAGGGGAAAUGCUCUUAUUUGAGAGGUCUCCUUUGGGUCUGGAAACAUCUGCAUGUUUUGCAGUAGGGACAUGCAUUAUCUUUUCCAUCCUUUAACCUCAUGCAAUAUAUGAUUAGACUUUUUUUAGAAAGAUCCCCAGCUAGUGGACUUUUAUACGUUUAACCAACAUAUGUACAAACCUGCAGGAGUAACGUCAAAUACCUGACGAUACAGAAACUCUGUAAACCUGCAGGAGUAACGUCAAAUACCUGACGAUACAGAAACUCUGUAAACCUGCAGGAGUAACGUCAAAUACCUGACGAUACAGAAACUCUGUAAACCUGCAGGAGUAACGUCAAAUACCUGACGAUACAGAAACUCUGUAAACCUGCAGGAGUAACGUCAAAUACCUGACGAUACAGAAACUCUGUAAACCUGCAGGAGUAACGUCAAAUACCUGACGAUACAGAAACUCUGUAAACCUGCAGGAGUAACGUCAAAUACCUGACGAUACAGAAACUCUGUGCAUUUUGUUGAGGAGACGUUUUAUUUUUCCUAUUUUAUAGUCAUUCAUUCUAGUGCUCUUUUACUGCCUGUGGAUUAUUUUAAUUUGACUGAUAUUACUCUUCCAUCGAGCUGCCUUGCAGCCAAAAUAAGCCAUAUUAAUCAUACAUCUCUAACUCUCCAGAACUCUGAUGACAGAACAGGAGCACUCCUUCUCAAUCAGUCAAUUUUCCACAGAGUUUUUAGACUUGUUUGAUUUCUGUUUUUAGCAUCUCUUCCCAGGUGCUUGUGUGUUGGACUUUGUUUUUAAUCACUUAUAAUGAUUAUUUAUUUUGUCAACAUGUCUGUUGAUAACAUUUUGUACAUGUAUAUGCAUACAUGAAAACACACACACACAAACACAUCCUAUGGAAGCAGUCGGUAAAUUGUAGGUUUUUAUCAGUAGACCGUGUGAAGAAAUUGAUAUACAUUUAUUUUUAUUUUUUUCAGAAGAGUAAUGUAAAACCAUUUUAUAUUCAUUAAUUGAUGCAACAAUGCAAAGUAAGACUGAUGCAAAGUGAGACUUUGAUGCAAAGUUGGCAAUAGAUAGCCUUUAUGAUUGAAGGGAGGCCAUUGCUAGCUGCCAUGGCGAUGUGGGAUGGAAUGCAGAAUAUGGACAGAGUAUACAGAAUGCACCCCCGAACAAUCCGUUUUUUAAUCAAGCAGUCGCUCAGAGGGAUACACCCACUUUAUGUGUCUUUUUUAUAUUUCUUAGCGCACAUACUAAUUGGUUGGUUGUUAAGCUUUUGGAUGGUAUUGAUGAAACCUUUCAGACUGUACAUACUUUUCAAUACCAUCGCCCCUAGCAGCUGUUACACAUCUUUCCCUUUAUCCAUGUUCUAUCAGAGAACUGUUUUUAGUGAAAACCUGAAGCAGAUUAUGUAUUAAUAUCUUGUACAUUUUGCACAGCCACUUGUUAAUAUGUAAAUAUUCUAAGUGAAAGAAUGUUUUUUUAAUUGCAAUUGUUUUAUAGGUAAUUGAGAGAGAAUGAUCUCCUUCAUAAAAAGAAAAAUAGUACAACAACC